UUUGUCUUACUUUCAUUAUUUUCCUUUGCCGCUCUUCUGGAAGCACAGUGGAAACUGAGGGAAAAUGUGUACGUCAUAGAAUCAGAGUGGAAUGAUGAGACACCAGCUAAAAGAGUGGAGCUCACCUGUAACACAUCUGAUGAAACACUGCCAGUUUACUGGAAAAAGGGCACUGAACUGAAAGGAACUGGAAAGACACUGAUUGCUGAAGUGAAAGAGUUUCCAGAUGCUGGCAACUACACCUGUCUGCUAGCUAAUACCCAUGAAAUCAUCAGCUACGAUUUCUUCCUCAUAACGAAAAUAGACUCCAAUGGGCAAAUGAUAAGGUCAAUCCUGAAGAGCUUUAAAGAGCCAGACAGGACAUUUUUAAAAUGUGAAGCAAAGAACUACUCUGGAAUUUUCAUAUGUUCAUGGAUGACAGAAAAUGAGAGUCCAGAUGUGAAGUUCACAAUCAGAAGUCUAAAAGGCUCUCAAGGAGACGUAACUUGCAGCAGCCCUGUAGCUCACACUGAGAAAUCAGUGACCAAGUACACAGCCCAGUGCCAGAAAGAAAACUACUGCCCGUUUGCUGAAGAGCACCAGCCAACUGAGAUGUUCCUGGAGGUCAUUGACGAGGUGGAAUAUGAGAACUACACUAGCAGCUUCUUCAUCAGAGAUAUCAUAAAACCCGACCCACCUCAAUGUCAGUAUGUUGCCACAAAUGGAACAGUGACCUGGACGUACCCCAGAACAUGGAGCACACCAAAGUCCUACUUCCCUUUGACUUUCAGGGUCAAAGUUGAAAGUACAAAGAAACGCAAAAGCCAGGUCUAUGAUGCUGAUGAGCAGUCUAUUCAGAUUCCAAUGGCUGGGCCAAAAGACAAGAUCUCUGUGCAGGCCAGGGAUCGCUAUUACAACUCAUCCUGGAGUGAGUGGUCUUCACUUUGCAGGUAAGACUUAAAGAACCUUCUACUGGAGGAG